AAGGCUACAAUGCAAGGAGGUCGGUAGAUUGGUUAAAAAUGUAUUUGUUUGAUAGCUGUCAUUGGUAGUUUUUAGUAAAUGUAUUUGUUUGACAUUUAACCUACUUUGAGAUUUGCCAUGGCUGCUGAUCAUUGAUCAGGCUCUCUUUAUCCUCACAAAGUCUUGGCAACAUUGGGGGAUGGAUGCAUUUUAUAUUGGACAGACACUGAAGGUUAUAUUCAAAUGCUAUUGUAUUUUUAAUACUUAGGCUAUUUAGCAUUCUUAAAUUUUACAAAUCCCUGGUCUUGGAAACUCUUGAUUGGCAUAGAGUUCUAUGAUUUUCUUAGGCCUAUUGCUAUGGAUUAGGCAGAUAGUUUCAUUCAAAAUUGUAUUUUUAAACGUGUUAAAGAUAAUUUAUAGGCUCGGCCUAUCAUAGUUCUGUGAUGAGCAUCGAGAUACCUGCUGGCUUGAUGGAUUUGCUGCAAGGAUACACUGUGGAGGUACUACGGCGCCGACCGCCAGAUUUGGUUGAAUUUGCAAUCCAAUAUUUCACGCGUCUACAAGACAGCCAAAAACACGACAGGCAUGUCAAAGAAAGGCUUGCCGAUUCUACGCGGGAAGGAGUGGCUUUUGAUAUUAUUUCAGUUGAAUCAAAUGAAGAUGAAGACUCUGAUGAUGCCUAUAUGCCCCCCUCCAACCCUAAUAAAUACAGUCGCAGAGCAUCUGUCUGUGCAGAGGCCUAUAACCCAGACGACGAUGAGGAUGAGGACUUUGAGCCGCGGGUGGUACACUCCAAAUCAGACGAGCAGCGUCGCAGACUCCAGGACGCCUGCCGAGACAUUCUACUGUUCAAAACUCUCGACCAGGAGCAGUUCUCAGAGGUUCUGGAUGGCAUGUUUGAGGUGUUGGUCAAACCACAGGAGCACAUCAUAAACGAGGGGGAGGAUGGAGACAACUUCUAUGUCAUAGAGCGGGGUGUGUACGACAUUGUUGUGCUGAUUGAUGGAGUUGGAAAGUGUGUGGGGAAGUAUGACAAUAAGGGCAGUUUCGGGGAGCUGGCUCUCAUGUACAACACCCCGCGCGCUGCCACUAUCAUGGCCACCCAGGAGGGGGCACUGUGGGGAUUGGAUCGGGCCACAUUCCAUAGACUCAUAGUGAAGAACAAUGCCAAGAAGAGAAAGAUGUACGAAGCCUUCAUUGAGUGUGUACCCCUUCUAAAGUCUCUCGAGCUCUCUGAGAGGAUGAAGAUUGUUGAUGUCGUGGGAAUGAGAGCGUUCAAAGAUGAGGAGUGCAUCAUAACACAGGGGGAGACGGCAGAUUGUUUCUACAUCGUGGAGUCGGGCCAGGUGAAGAUCAUGAUAAUAAGCAAAACUAAAGCAGGACAGCUGGACAAUGCAGAGGUGGAGAUUGCACGCUGCUCUAGAGGCCAAUACUUCGGAGAGCUGGCUCUGGUCACCAACAAACCACGUGCAGCAUCCGUCUAUGCUGUAGGGGACACCAAGUGCUUGGUAAUAGACAUUCAGGCGUUUGAGCGUUUGCUGGGUUCCUGUAAGGAGAUUAUGAAGAGGAACAUUUCCCAAUACGAGAACCAGCUGGUAGCUCUGUUUGGUUCUAGUGUAGAUUUGAAACAUUAAAGUAUAAUUGUAAGAAACAGUACACUAACACAAUCCCACAGAGUGCUUCCUAAACGCAUACUAGCUUUACAUACUUACACAAUAUAUUUGUUGACAUUUAAUUGUAGAAUCUACUGGACCUGAUUUAAUAACUGAUAUCAACAUUACAAUGUGAACUGUCUCAAAUUACUUUGAUCAUUUUGUUUAUAUGUAGUAUUUUCCUUUUUUGACUAUUGUUGUGGAAGUAUCUGUAUCGUUUACCGUGUUGGCUUGGCAAUUGUUCAUGCAUGUUAGCCCAAUUUAUUGAUAAUUCUAGCCCAAUAGCUCCCACACAAACAAUGCUGUUUUUGUACUGAAAUUGCCUUGAGGUCAAAGGUCCAUCAAUCAAAUAUUAAUAUGUGCUUUGAUAUGGAAUUACUUUUCAUCUGCAGAUGGGGAGAUUUCAUAAAUGUAAUCCCUGAUCAAAAUGUUGUCAAUAAAGUAAA